AAAAAGGAAGAUGCGUUACAUAUACAUCUGAAGCUUGCAAUGGUACGAAUCCUUCUAUUUUAAAAUAUUCUGUCUUUCUCUCUUUUUUAGUAGCUAUAAAUACGGCUCUCUGCUGCACAACUAUUAUUGAAACUCUCAAUCAUUUUCAGCUCAUUACUCACCUCAACUAACUCUCUGUGGCCAAAAAUAAACAGAGACAUAUCAGACUAAGGAGUAUUUAAUAAGCAUCAUCUAACAACAGGCCAAGGUAUUAACUACACGAGCUAAAUCUGUUUUAGUCAGGUUUGAUAGAAGAUACCUAUCUUUCUCCAUCUUAAAUGCUUGCUCCAAUUGUUCUUCCCAAUUAAUCGUGAGGUUCUUGUUUUGCAGAAGCAAAAAAUUGAAAAAACUUGUGUAAAAAGCAUGCAGCGAAACAGAGUUCUUGCGUUCUUGUUGCUAGCAGCUCAGCUCUUGGUGAAGAUACCUGAAACGUGUGCAAAAUUUCCCGCACUUAUCGUAUUUGGUGACUCAACUGUUGAUUCAGGCAACAACAACCAGAUUUCUACUGUUCUGAAGAGCAAUUUCCAGCCAUAUGGCCGGGAUUACUUUGACGGCAAAGCGACUGGGAGAUUUUCAAAUGGCCGGAUUGCACCAGACUUCAUUUCUGAAGGUUUGGGACUCAAGAACGCAGUCCCUGCCUACCUAGAUCCAGCAUACAACAUUGCAGACUUUGCCACUGGUGUCUGUUUCGCUUCAGCUGGAACCGGCUUAGACAAUGCAACCUCUGCCGUGUUAUCUGUAAUGCCGCUAUGGAAGGAAGUGGAAUACUACAAAGAAUACCAAACCAGGCUAAGAAGCUACUUGGGUGAAGAGAAAGCUAAUGAGAUUAUUAGUGAAUCACUUUACCUGAUUAGUAUCGGAACCAACGAUUUCCUGGAGAAUUACUAUCUUCUUCCCCGCAAGUUACGGAAGUACUCAGUGAACGAGUACCAAUAUUUCCUGAUAGGAAUAGCAGCAGAUUUCGUGACAGAUAUAUACAGACUCGGAGCUCGGAAGAUGUCUUUGUCGGGACUCUCUCCUUUUGGAUGCUUACCCCUGGAAAGAACAACUCAGCUCUUUUAUGGAAGCAAAUGUAUUGAAGAAUACAACAUUGUGGCUAGAGAUUUCAACAUCAAGAUGGAAGAGAAAGUCUUCCAGUUGAACAGAGAUCUGAACGGAAUCCAGCUGGUGUUUUCAAAUCCAUAUGACCUUGUUUCAGAAAUCAUAUACCAUCCUGAAGCAUUCGGUUUCGAAAACGUAAGAAGUGCGUGUUGCGGAACGGGAUACUAUGAGAUGAGCUACUUGUGUGAUAAAAUGAACCCAUUCACAUGUUCGGAUGCAAGCAAAUAUGUAUUUUGGGACUCAUUUCACCCAACAGAGAAGACAAACGCCAUCGUAGCAAAUCAUGUUCUGAAAUACGACUUAUCUCGGUUUCAGUGAUAAAAUAAGAAAUUGCUACACCACAAGCACUAUAGUUAUUAGUUAACCUACUAAAUUCUUUCCUCCACAACAUAUAUAUUUUUUUCUGUGAGUUUCUUGUCUAGAUAUCACUCAAAUCAAGCUUCCAAAAUGUUGUACAAGAACCAUUCUUCUUACUCUAUGUUCGUGUGACUACAUAAAGAUGCUACUGUGAUGUUAUAAAAAUGGACAAGAUCAAACUUU